AUGGCGGCUCCCUCUCCCAAAUGGAGACGGGUAACCGGAGCCACCGGACCGGUUCCGCGGCCCCGACACGGUCACCGGGUGGUGGCGAUCAAAGAGUUAAUGAUCAUAUUCGGCGGCGGCAACGAGGGGAUCGUGGACGAGCUGCAUGUCUACAAUACAGCCACAAACCAGUGGUUCAUCCCUGCAGUUAGGGGGGAUAUCCCACCAGGCUGUGCAGCUUAUGGCUUUAUCUGUGAUGGCACCAGGAUUUUGGUAUUUGGAGGAAUGGUAGAAUAUGGAAAAUAUAGCAAUGAUCUAUAUGAACUGCAGGCGAGCAGAUGGGAGUGGAAGAAACUAAAACCAAAACCUCCCAAAAAUGGUCCGCAGCCCUGUCCCCGCCUUGGUCACACCUUGUGUCUGGUUGGGAAUAAGUGUUAUUUAUUUGGUGGCCUGGCUAAUGACAGUGAAGACCCAAAGAAUAAUAUUCCAAGGUACUUGAAUGACUUGUACACUGUGGAACUUAGGACUGGAUCAGGGGUGGUAGGAUGGGACAUUCCUGUUACACAUGGUACUCCUCCUCCUCCAAGAGAAUCUCACACAGCAGUUGUUUAUAAAGAUUCAAAGAAACCAAAGAUGAUCAUUUAUGGAGGGAUGAGUGGAUGUAGACUUGGUGACCUUUGGAUACUAGAUGUGGAAAGCUUGGUUUGGACUAAGCCAGCAACCAAGGGUUCAACACCACUCCCUCGGAGUUUGCAUUCUGCUACUGUUAUUGGAAAUAAAAUGUUUGUCUUUGGUGGCUGGGUACCACUUGUGAUGGAUGAUGUGAAAGUUGCCACUCAUGAAAAGGAAUGGAAGUGCACAAAUACACUUGCUUACUUACAUUUAGAUGGCAAUAUGUGGACACCUGUAGUCUCAGACACACUGGAGGACAAUGUACCAAGGGCCAGGGCUGGUCACUGUGCUGUUGCUAUUCAUACUCGUCUUUAUAUCUGGAGUGGAAGAGAUGGCUACCGGAAGGCUUGGAAUAAUCAAGUCUGCUGCAAAGAUCUUUGGUAUUUGGAAACUGAAAAACCCCCUGCACCAUCCCGUGUGCAGUUGGUUAGAGCCAGCACAAAUUCACUUGAAGUGUGUUGGGGUGCUGUUCCAACUGCAGAUGCCUACCUUCUUCAGCUGCAAAAGUAUGAUAUGCCGCCAUCAACUACCACCACCACCACCACCAUGGCAACUCCAUCAUUGAGCAACACCCCACUGCCACAGAAGACUCCGUGCAGCCCUAUUUCUCCUACGCCUGCUUCUCCUGCCACACCGCUGCAUUCACCGCUCCCUGUUUCUAAAGUAGCUUCCCCUACUAGUGCGCUGGUUCCUGGAAUGACUAGUGCUAUGACUCCAGUGCAAGUCUCUGCUGCUCAGGUAUCUGGGAUGUCUUCAGCAGCAGCCCAGCUGGUUACAGUCUCCCAGCAAGCUGUACAGACAGUAAAAGCUGCAGUUUCUUCCUUACCUGCUGGUGUCCGUCUGGUUGUCCCAGCUCAAAGCACCACAAAUGCUGUUCCCUCUGUAGUAAGUGUGAACACGCCGGCCACAACAAUGCUGAAGACAGCAGCUGCACAAGUGGCAACGUCAUCUGGCUCUCUUGGCUCUGCUUCAUCCCGACCUAUUAUAACUGUACAUAAAUCUGGUGCAUUGACUGUAGCUCAACAGACUCAAGUUGUCACCACUGUUGUGGGCGGUGUCACCAAAACGUUCACGCUUGUCAAAAGCCCAAUUCAAGUCGGUGGUGGAGGCUCCCUGAUCUCCAAUCUGGGGAAAAUGAUGACUCUUGUUCAGACAGCCCCUGUACAAACUGGUGCUUCAAUCACAGGCCAGGCUACUGCUGGGUCUUUGGCACAGUUCAUUCAGGCAAAAGGUCCCUUUCCUCCAGGGACUAUAGUGAGACUUGUAACAGCAGCAGAUGGUAAGCCAGCAACAAUAAUCACAACCUCGCAAGCUGGUGGAAUAGGUACGAAGCAAACGAUCCUGGGUCUUGGCAGUGUCUCACCAACUAGCAGCAAACCUGGAGCAACCACCAUCAUAAAAACCAUCCCUGUUUCAGCACUGAUGGCUCAACCCAAUGUUACAGGUGUGUCUGCAUCUCCUGGUAUGAAAUCUCCAAUAACAAUCAUUACAACAAAAGUAGUCACAUCAGGAACUGGAGCUCCAGCAAAAAUCAUAACAGCUGUGCCAAAAUUUACCACAGGACAGCCUGGAGUGACACAGGUGGUUCUGAAGACUCCAGGAACACCUGGUACCAUCCUGCGAACAGUUGGUGGGACUCCUGUCACAGUUAGUGGAGUCAGAUUGGUUACACCUGUCACUGUGUCUUCAAGCAAGCCUACAGUCCCAACUUUGCUAGUGAAAGGAACCACAGGUGUCACUACACUGGGUACUGUGACUGCUGCAGCGACUACAAUUCACGCUGGAGCGACUGGUCUUGCAUCGUCAAACUUCACUACACCAGUCACUGCUCUGGCAAGAGUAACAACACUGGGCACUCAAGGGAUUAGCACAACUAUUGACCCUUUGGCUGUGGCACCAACAACAUUAAAGGUUACACCAGGAAUUGUCUCAACUUCUUCUAUAGUUAACACUGAGCCCAUGUUUGUGAUAUCAGGAGAAGCAGUAACUCCUCGAGUAACUGGCUUGGUUGCACAUACCAGUGAAACUCAGGUGCCAGUAGCUGUAGAACAGACCGCAACUGCAGUAUCUGUUUCAGAGAAUAGUGUGCAAACUUCAGAUCAACAGAUACAACCAGCAGCUGAAGAACCGGCCCAUGAAACUACAGAAACAAAUACUACAAAUACAGCUACCUCCAGUACAGCAAAUAUAUCUCUAAAUCAAAUUCAGCCACCAGACACAAGUAACAAUGGUAUGCCAGAAAGUGUACAUGGCGAAACAGCAACUGCAGGAACAACUAAUACAGCAACCACUGUCUCAGCAGCAUGCACUGGAGCAGUGACCACUGUUACACAAUCUACACCAACACCAGGCCCUUCAUUGCAGGCCUCUUCGACAACAUCAGGUGUUACUUCAAGCAGUAGUACAUCUUUGUCAGAUUUGAGCACGUCACAGUUGGCACCCACAGCAGAGACUGGCCAAAAUCCAGAGAGUUCUGAGCUCCAGACUUCUUCCGGUCAGACAUUAAAGAACUUUGCCCAUGCAGUAAUCCCACAGCCGACUGAGAGUCAGCAACCUGAUCAGUCGGAGGCAUUCCAGGGCCCACAAGAGAAAGUGGAAAGUGGUAAAGCACAGGAACAGUUAAGUCAAAACCCAGAGCAGCAUCACCACCAACACCAUGUCACUGCAACUGAGCCUUUUGUUACUGAAACAAAACCAGCAGACAGUAUCCAACAGAAAAUGACUGCUGGAGGUGUUCCAGCAUCUUCAUUGCCAAAAGCUACAGAAUGCAACACUGUAAAGCCUCCCUUAGAAGAUGUUGCUUCGGAACCCGGUGUGCCCAACAUAGACUCUUCUCAGCAUUUGCAACAUUGCCAGAAGCUUGUGACUCAGACCCCUGAACAACCAGCGCAGCAAAAGGAUCCAUUGCAGCCUCCAGUGCCUCUGAGCACACUGAGUGUUCCUCCUCAAGCAGCAAUGCUGAGUCCUAACGAUACGAACAUGCAAAGCAGUCAGCAAGGCCAAGUCACGGAGGACACUCACCAACCUACCACUUCAAGUCCUGCCAGUUCACUUCCACCAUCUUCCACCACGGCAGCUGUGUCACCAAAUGAAGUCUCUAAUAGUAAUCCACUAGCAAAUGGGAAACAAGAAAAUUCUUAUGCACAAUUAAAGAUAACACCAAAAAAAGAAAGCAAUGCAUGGUAUGAUGUAGGAAUCAUCAAAGGAACCAACUCUGUGGUAACUCAUUAUCACUUGCCACCAGAGGGCAGUCACGGCGAGGAUGCAAGUGCUAACACCCCAGACUACAGCAUGCUCAAAAAGCAAGAACUCCUCCCCGGCACUGCGUAUAAAUUCAGAGUUGCUGGAAUUAAUGCAUGUGGAAGGGGUCCAUUCAGUGAGAUAUGUGCGUUCAAAACCUGCCUCCCUGGAUUUCCUGGAGCUCCAUCUGCUAUCAAAAUUACCAAGAGUGUGGAUGGUGCUCAUCUUACCUGGGAACCACCUGCUACAACAGCUGGCAAAAUUCUGGAGUACUCUGUUUAUUUAGCAGUGCGCAGUAUUCAGGUGACAGAAUCGAAAUCUGGAAGCCCAGCCCAGUUGGCCUUUAUGCGGGUGUACUGUGGUGCUAAGCCAUCUUGUGUGGUGUCCUCGUCACACCUUGCAAAUGCACAUAUUGAUUGUACAACAAAGCCCGCCAUUAUUUUCAGGAUUGCAGCACGGAAUGAGAAGGGAUACGGACCAGCUACACAAGUUAGAUGGCUUCAAGAUGCAGGUGUACAAGGAACCAAAGGCACUGUGAAACGGCCUACAGCAUCACCAGAUAACACUAAAAGUGGCGGUGCCAAGAAGUCCAAGUCCGAAUGACGAACAGAAGAACUUUUCUAUUUGCUGAAUGAAAGAAGUAAAGUACCAUCGGAUAGUAUUUGUAUUUAUUUUGUAAAUGUUUUGUAAUAUGUUUCUGUUAUACUCUUAAUCCCUAUAACUUGUGAGCUUCUUAGAGAAGGAAUUUAAUUUGUAUUAAUUGUACAAAGUACAUUUCUUGUUUUAGAACUGUGACAAUAGGCUUCAGGCAAGUUUUAAAUGAUAGCUUUUUAGAAACAUAAUGUAGAUUUUAAAUUUGUAUUAACAUUACUGUGUCGAGUUCAUGUAGGUGGCUUGUUUCUAAAGUGGCUUAUUCUGAAAUCACUACAGUAGUGACUGGAUGUUUGCCGUGCAAGCAGUGGUUUAAAGAGUUUUCAAAGAAAUGUUGGUGUUUCACCUUGUUGCAGGUGGAUUAGGUAGGUCUUUAAAGCAUGUUUAUAUGUGGAUGAAGUUUGGGACCAAAAAAGGCACUACGGAGAAGCGGCUUCCUUCUCAGAGUAGCACUUACACAGAUUCUGAAUCACCAUUAGAAACAAAAGUUAUUGAACAAUUUUUCUUUUUGUGUGUGCGUGUGCGUGCGACUAAGUGGCAUUUUUGUGCAUGAUUUGUGAUGAAAAAUUUAAAAUUGCUUUUUUAUUUUCCAUUUUUAUACAAAUAUAAAAAUGAUUGACGAUGUAUUGGGCAUAUAGGAGUUGUAUGACCCCACUGUUCUACUAAAGUCCUUAUGAAACAUCACCAAAUCACUCUACCAUAAUCAUCUCUUGUUGGGCCAAAAAGAAUUUUAGAAAGUCUUUUGCAGCAGCAAUAGUUUGGUUUCCUCAGAUGUAAAGACUUGCCCUACACACACAAUUAUUCCCAUAUAGAAAUUGCAGGGGAAAUGUAGGAAAGGUGUGUGGAAAGGGUAUUGAUUACAGUCUUCCAGCAGAUAGUGAUGACUAACUAUAGAGCAGUGCAAGCAAAACAGUUGCUUUAAAAUGCUUUGUUUCAAUUGUACAGGUUCAAUAAAUUGAAGUUCCUUUUAUGAGAGCUUCCUAUUUUGAUGAACACUGUUAAUUUCUGGAAAGUUGUGGGGUCAUGCAACUUUAAGGAUUCAUAACUCGAGCAUUUUGUUGGACUGGUUGAGGUUGAAAAUUAAUGCUUUAAUACAGGCUAAUUUCAUCAUAAAAUUGUAUAGUUCAGAAGAUUACCUUUGCUAUAGCUAACGAGUGGAUUUGUAUUUGGCAUUGAACUUGGUAGUUGAUAAUUUCUUGCAUUUUACUUUUUAUUUGCUUUUCUAUCUCUUUUUUGUUAACCCAUUACCUGUUCACCAAGUUAAUAGCGCAAAGCUGCAGAGAAAUCCUCAGUUGAAUUUUAGGCAACUGCACACAUAGAUCUGCAUAAAACACUUUUCUGUUAAUCCCACACUAACAGUUUCAGCUUUAAUGAGGUACAUUGGGAAGUGUCAGUCCAGAGGAAAGUUAUAAUUUUUAUUCACAUUGCUAUUGUACCUUUCUACAGAUAUAUAUUAUGUAUAAUAUCAUUGAAGUAAUCUUUAUUUGGUAAGAUAUGUUAAGCUUUCUUUUUUUUUUGCAGUAAAUACUGCUUUAAACAAUUCUGUGCAGUUUAGUUAAUUAAAAAGCUACAUUUCCAACAAA